AUGGCCUUGAUUGGCAAAGCAGUUAGAAGAGCAUUAGGCUUAAGGAGCAUAAGCAGGGCCUAUGUGGGGGAGAAGGAUCUUUCCUCAAAGAUUAGAUGGUUUCUAGUCUUCCAUAGGGCCCAAAGGAUCCAAGGGAAGAGCAGUCCUACUCCGAUUCCGGUUGGUGGGAGGCAUAUCCAGGCUUCCGAAGCAAUUAGGGUGUCGGUGAAUGAUUGGAACAUGAGGGGAUUGAUGGUUCCUGCGAACGGGGCUAGUUUCCAAACCGCAUGCGCUAAAUUACAAUGGAAGAAAAGUUUCAGUCGUUUCCAAGUCUCCGCAGAAAGCGCAGCAGGGAUUAUCAAGGAUUCUGCGAUUGAGAAGAUUCUCGCCUAA